CUGGUCAUGGUGGAACUAUCAGGAAUUAUUGAUUCAGACUUCUUAGAAAAAUGUGAAAACAAAUGCAAGAUUUUGGGAAUAGAGACAGAGAGGCCCAUUUUGCAAGUGGACAGAUAUGUAUUUGCAGGAGAAUAUGAAGAUACCUUGGGAACCUGUGUGGUUUUUGAAGAAAACACAGAGCAUGUAGAUGCAGAAGGCAACCAAAAAGUACAGCUGAAAUACAAGUGCCACACAGUGAAGAAGUUGAACAUGACACGAACGCUUUUGACAGAGAAGAAGGAAGGGGAAGAGAAUGUUGGUUAG